GAAUUUAAUAAGAAAAUCAUUUCAACAAUGGCAACCUGUGGCCCAUACCGUUGCAUUAAGACACUCGGCAAAGGUGGCUUCUCUGAAGUCAAACUCGCCAGGCACUCCGAAACCGGAGCCCUCGUCGCUCUCAAAAUUAUGAAAAACUCUGGUGGCUUCGAUACUUCCAUGAUGGAACUUGUCAGGAAUGAAAUCGAUGCGAUGAAAGACCUCGAUCACCUCAACUUGGUCAAGCUGCUUGACUGGGAUGAAGACGCCAAAUAUGUCAGGCCGAGCGGCACCCAAGUCAAAGUGUUCUAUCUCGCACUCGAAUUAGUCAGUGGAGGAGAACUCUUUGACUUCAUUGCUGAAACUGGAAGAUUCACUGAGGAUGUUGCCAGAUACUACUUCCACCAGAUGAUUGAAGGCCUCGAGUACAUCCACACUCAGGGUGUCUCGCACAGAGACAUCAAGCCAGAAAACAUGAUGCUGGAUGCUGAGCACAACCUGAAGAUUGCUGACUUCGGGUUCUCAUCAAGUCAGGCUAUGAACGAGACCAAGAGAGGCACUGACGGGUACAUGGCACCGGAGAUAUACAAGGGUGUGAAGUACAGCGGUCAGAGCGUAGACUUGUUUGCGACCGGAAUAAUAUUGUUCAUCAUGGUUGCACAGCAUCCUCCAUUCACAGCUGCAUCAGCCAGAGAUCCCCACUACAAAUUGAUCAGUACUAAUAGAGUAGAUGUCUUCUGGAAGGUACAUACAAAGAGAAAAGAAGGUGGAUUAGACUAUUUCUCGGAAGAAUUUAGAGAUUUAGUUGCCUCUAUGCUAUCAUAUAAUCCUCAUGAGAGACCAUCCUUGGCUGAGAUCAAAGAGCACCCAUGGUACAAAGGACCUGUCCCAACUAAGGAAGAAAUCACCGAAGAGUUUAAUGAUAGAAGUAAUCAAUUAGCAGCUUUAAAUAAUCAGGAAGAUCAGACUAUACCAGAUCAUUCUGCUGGUGCAGGAGUUUGGCAACCCAAUGUGGUCCAAAGAUCCAUUCCAAAGGGAGAGGAAUCUAAGGCUAUAGAUAUCGAAAGAGUCUUAGCUGAUUAUGUCCCUGAACUCAAGAGAUACACAGAGUUCUACUCCACGUCAUCAGCUGAUGACUUGUUUAGAGCACUAGCAACUUAUGGUGAAGACUAUGCUCAGGAGCAUACCUUCGAUGAUGAAGAGUACAGAGCUUCUUUUAAGAUGAAAGCAAAAGCCGGUGAGACUCCGGUCGAAUUCUCCGUCAGUGUUCUAAAAGUUGAUGAUGACAAAAAAUGCAUCGAGGUAGUAAAGGAUGAUGGUGAUAAGUUCGAGUUCUAUGAAGUCUAUACUAACCUAAAGAAGUUCUUCGGAGGUCACGCCAAUACCACCUUGUAAAAU